CAACCAGCUGGGUAAACAUGGCGUCUGUCUCUGGAUGUGGGAAUUACGUGUAGCGCUUCUAUCUGUUAACGGUGUCUCUGUCGCACCAACGUCCUGAACACAAGGACGAGCAGGAGACGACGCAUGGAGACAUGAGGGGGAGACGGACAGAGGCGCUUCACUGAUGGUGCCUAUAUUUUUCUCUCGGUGCACAGAUUGAAUGGUCUGAUGCCUCCCCGGACCUCCUGAUCGGGGCGACAUAAUUGAUUUUGUUAACAGAGACACAGAUCUGUGUUUCUGUCGAGGUGACUACUUUUAUUUUAUCUGACUAAUAUCAAGGCUCUUGUUCGACUCUGUUCUGCAGGGGUGGAGCUGCAUUUUGGGCCCACUCUGCUCUGGGACCCCCUUUCUUUUAAAUUACAUAAACAGGCUUGAUUUUUGUGUGGACCCUCUCCAUCUCUGGACCCCCUAGGAUCUCCUGCUCUUUUAACCUCACAAAAUAAAUGGGCAGCAGGAUGGUCAAUCUGAGUGCACUUUAUAUGGUUGCCCUCCACCGCCGUGCUCUGACAGCUGGUUUAUGACUGCUGGUCGUGCUGCACUGUGUGUCGUGUUUCUCAUGCCGUGCUCAGCAACACCACUAUGAUAGGCUCCCCUGACGUGGUGGCGUUCACUAAAGAGGACGAGUAUGGGCAGACAGCUCCGGACCCCUGGGCUCUCCCUGAGGAGUUCUCUGUCCCUCUCCAUCCGCUGGCCGACUCAAACCCUUGGGCCAAGACCUCCUAUGCCAAGUUCACCAAAGACUUCAUCCUCAUCUCUGAGUUCUCUGAGCAGGUGGGCCCUCAGCCUCUCCUCACCAUCCCCGAUGAGCCCAAGGUCUGCGGCACCUUCGAUCUCAACUACUUCUCCCUGCGCAUCAUGUCAGUGGACUACCAGGCCUCCUUUGUGGGACAUCCACCUGGCAGUGGCUACCCCAGGCUCAGUUUUGUGGAGGACUCGAGGGUGGUGCUGGGCGACUCAAAGGAGGGGGCGUUCGCCUACGUCCACCACUUUACCCUUUACGACCUGGAGGCGAGGGGCUUUGUGCGACCGUUCUGUAUGGCGUACGUGUCGGCAGACGAGAGGAAGAUCAUGCUGCAGUUUCAGGAGCUGUCGCUCCGCUUCUCACAGGCCUCCGAGUGUCUGAAGGCCGGGAACAGGAGAGCAUUUGCCAAGGAACUUCAGAGGAAGCUCCGAGACCUGGAGUACACUCACUCCGUGCUGCAGCGGGAGGAAGGCCUGCAGAGGGAGGCGGGGCCUCAGUGCAUGUACUCCGCUCAUGCUGUGGACAAGGCCAACGAGCUUGCAAAUGUGGAAAAGAGCAUCUACGAACACAGAGACCUGCUGAGACAGAUCAGCUCCUACCAUCACCGCCCACGCAGAGAUCCUAACGCUGUCACCUGCCAGAAGUGUGUCACUGAGUGCUUGAGCGAGUGCGAGCAGCUGUUAGACAAAUACGCCAAGCUCGCCAACCCCUUCAGUUACACCAACAAGUGGGGCAAGAGGGAGGAAGGGCAGGGUCAGGUGGACGAGGAAGGAGGUGGAGAAGAAGUGGACGAGGAGGAGGGCGUAAAGCGCAGGCCGUCCUACACGCCACAGCUGAUCAAAGCUAAGUCGGCGAAGUGCUUCGACAAGCGCCUGAAGACCCUGCAGGAGCUGUGUGACAAUCCUUUCUACGAGGCCACCGUGGACCUCCUGAAGGAGACGGAGAGGAGUUUCCGGGGCGACCUGUGUUACCUGCACACACGCCGCCUGGACAGGGCACUGCGCACGAAACAGAGAGUUACCGACUUCCUGUUUGAGGAUGACCUCGGAGAUGAUGAUGAGGAUGAAGGGGGAACACUAAGACCAUUCUGUGCUGUGAACCAUGCUGUAGAUACCUUUACACUAUUAAAUCCACCUCCUAUUGUGCUAGGACCAGAACCUCUAGACCCAGAUGCUCUGGAGCCUCCAUAUCCUCUAGACCCAGCCUCUGUGACCAGCCACACUCGGGAGAAUGAGCUUGGGCUUGUGGAGAGCCAUCUGGAGUCCUCUCCCUCAGACCAGACUCUGGAGACCCAGGGGAGCUCGGAGCAGACCAAAGGAAGCUUUGGCAGCGAUAAGAGCGGGACCGGUCCAGCAGAGAGGCAACAGAAUCUGGCUUGUAUGAAGUCAGAAGCUCCUGAUUCUGACUUGACCCCUGACCCUGAACCUGACCAUAACACUGACCUGGAGAGGGAGAGCAGCAGUGAAGAGAUGGAGGACGAUGGAGACGGGACACCUGUGUCCUUGCUGGAGGUGGUGUCUGAGCUGGAGGCCAGCAGAGAGGAUGAGUGUGAUGGGGUAACUGAUGGGGCUUGUGAGAUGCAGUCUGACUUGUUGGUUCCUUUGGACACAGCGUGCUGUAUGUCCCAAGAGGGUUUCCUUUAUGAGGCUUCGGCCCCAGAGGCGGUGCCUCGUCUUGGCCAGAGCUCCGACCUACAGCCCUGUGAAACCCUGGUGGUCAACCAGGAGCCCCAGGCCCUGCUUCAUCUCCAGGAUGACUACGCGGUGGGUGUGGGGUCCCCAAGCUCAGAAAGCCCUGCGGCUGGCCUGGAGCUGCCUGUGGGGCUCCUUGGAGAUGCAGUUUCCCGAACCUCAGCGGAGGAUGGGUUUGAGUGUACUAUGAGUGCUUCUACGGGGUCUGAUCGGGCUGCCUCACCUCUGGGCUACGGGGGGGUUGUGACCCUGCGUCAGAGGAAGAAGGCUGGACAGGGAGCCUUGAGGUUUAUCCGACAGUACCCCUUUGCCAUGCAAGCUCUGUGGUGUCUGCUCAGCGGCAGAACCCUGGUGGUGCUCGGGGCAGACGAGGGGACAGUCCGCCGACUGGUUGCUGCUCUGGCCCUCUUUGUGCCUGGUCCUGGGAAGUGUGGAGAGAGGGUUCAAGCCUGGCUGUCCUGCCCCUUCACCCUUACCGACCUGCAGAGGUGGAAACUCGUUGGAUUGCAAAGAGUAGCGUCCCCUGUGGGUUCCAGCAUGCUUUACUCGCUCUCCCGGUACAGUCGCUACAUCUCCAUCCUGGAUGCCGACCAGAAGACCUUGCGCUGUCCGUCGUACCGUGGUCAACUCCUUGCCAAAAUAGCCGACCACCGCACCUACAUACGCCGCGGUUCCACCUACUUCCUCCACUUACAGAGCACGCUCUGUCACCUGGCAGCCAAGGCCUUCCUGUUCACCUUCACCCACCACCUCCACCUGCCGGUCAGCUCCACGGAGGGGCCCGAGGUUGUGGAGGGCCGACGCCUCUGCUUCCUGCAGGAGCAGCUGGGGCUGGGAGAAGAGGACAGCCAGAUACUGCUCUACCUCAGCCAGCUCAUCACUCAGCAGUACCUACAGCCGGCUGCCGGGAGCAGAGCAGCAGCAACUUGUUUUAGUUUUAACUACACCACCAGCGUUUUAUACAAAAUCUGAUAUCGUAUUGGGACAAGGAUUUUCCACAUAUGUUUUAGCAAAAGUCAUGGUUUUUAAUGGACUAAUAGUGAUCUUAAUAAGGUCCACGGCCAUUUUAGUUUCAAGACAGAGUUCUGCACAGGUUGUUUUAUCUGUCUUCUUCUCCGGUCUUUCUCUUUCCCCUGUGUGCAGGAAAAAGGAGUCCGAGUGCGUCAUGAAUGUCACUGAGCGGUUCACUUUGUCCGGAGCACGUUGACGCUCGCAAACACGCAUAACGGAGCAGACCAAGGUCGCUUCUACUUAUUGUCCUAUGAGUCAUUUGUGGGUGUGUGUAUCGCUUGCGCUGGCUUGUUUAAGGUCAGUCUCCACCCCUCUCCUCACCACACACACACUCACAAACACGCACACACUCUCAAUCCAACAUAGCUGUCUGUGUAUUGUUAGUGCUGGUCUGACCUCAGCUCGCUAAAUUGCAGCUCUGUGAUAACGCCAACCAAUCACUGAGCCUGUCUAUCAGCCAUGAUAUCAUCUCAGCUAUGUAUAAACAUGUUUUUCAUCCAACUCGCAUAUGCUGACAUUUUCUGCUUGUGGAGAACGGACGUCUCUCUGAAUCUGUCCGUGAAACCUUCUUAGCACUGCGCAGGCUUGUUACAGCUGGCUUUGUGACCUCUCGCUCUCGCGCUGAAAACUACCACACAACUUCCAAAGGCCAAAACAUUUUCUUUUUAAUAUUUAUUUUGUGAAUCAAUUUGAACCCCACAUUCCCGCGGUAAUCUCUUGUCACGUUGUUGGAUUGUAGCUCAGUAGAUUUGACUAUUGAGAGCAUGGAGUAAACAUUCCCAGAUUUCAGGUUGCGAUGCAUGAGGAAGUGUAUUUGCUGUGUGAGUUAUAGAUCCGGUUGGCCCCGCGUGAUAUUUGCAUGAACAGAAACAACGUCACCGCGACACAUACUCACCCAUGUUGGGCCAAGCCUGUCACUAUAAUGUGCUGGCGAGCAUUUUCAUGGAUAUUACUCACACGGUCCGGAACAUCUUAAAGCUACUUAACCUAAAUGUAUUGAAUUUCACUGUUGUCUUAAAGUUGUGUGAGGGUGUUGUGAUGUCAGCAUGAGACUGUCUUGUGCCAGGGUGAAUCGCCUUAGUGAUGAUAUUUCUGUUUUGUUGUGUAUUUGAAGAAGAUGCUGAACAGUUUGAGGAGAAGUUGCUGAGACGGUGAUGUUGUUUGUGAAGAUGUUACUAUGGGGGAGGGGGGGGGAAAUUUCCUGUGCCAUCAAAAGCAAAACUCUAAGCUUGACGCUUGAAUUAGGACAGUUGCCUAUUAUUUAUUUUCUUCUGAACAACCCUUGUUGGAUGUGUGAUAUGAACAAAACUCAACUGUAUUUAUUUCUUUAGUACAAAUUGUGGAUUAUGACCGUCAUGCUGAGAAUGCCCAGAUUUUCUCUCUGGAGGAUGUUGGAGAAUUUCACAGUUCGGUAAUCUUUUAAGGGCUCAUGAGCCAGUGAGACGACACUGAACAAGCGUCUCUGAUGGUAUUUUAGAUUUUACUGUUCCUAAUUCUGUGGCGUCAGUGAUGGAGCUGUAAUUCUGUAUCUAGAAUGGUAACUGUACUUGUGACUGCAUGGUCAAGAGUUUUAAUAGUCAAACCGCGUUGGACCAUGGCUUCCUGCUACGAACAAGACACUUUUAUUUUUAAUGGCAUACGCUUUUAACUAACGGCAACGUCACAUUAGUUCCACCUAAUGUAUUAUUUCAGUUGGUUUUUUUUGACGCAGGUUAUCACUUUUUAUUUUUUAACUGCUUGAAUAACACGUUUUACUGCUAGGUUGUUACUUAUUUUUAAAGAUUUUGUCCCUCUAAUGCAAAAAGGUGAAUGUAAUCUGAAUAAGCCAUACCACAGUGUGCUUAACGCGUCGUCACUCAGUGUCCUUAUGUUGCCACAUCAUGCCCACCUUUUGUAUCCCAUCACGAGGGAGUGUCUCGUUCUCAUCAGCCCUGUGAGACGUCACUGUUCCCAGUGAUCUUAAAGAAGCACGUUGUGAAUGUCUUGAUGCUUUUAUGUAAAUGUUGAUAUUCAUUUAUUCCAUUAAAUUAUUUGAAUCC